UGUCAGCGGAAGUCCCGAAGGCGGGCCGUUUCAAAACAGCCUACCUGUUUUGAAAACACAAAUUUCGCCAGAAAUUAAGACUUUAACACUUAAAAAAUGGAUGACGACGCGACAAAGGCAAACCAAAAAAAGGAAAAAACCCGGAAGACGACCGAAUAUUCCGAGAAAGUGUCGAGAGUCGUCCAACCAGAUCAGCCGAAGAUGAAACAGAUGAAGUUGAAAGAGGAACGUGAACAAAAGAAGAGUUUAAUUGAUGGAAGGCAUCGCUUUAUAAUGCAAGCAAUAGCAAAUGCCACAGAUUUGACUAUGGAGGCUGUAGAGGACUUUAUACUAGAGGGCUCUCAGGUUAUGGAAAUGAACGAAUUUUUUCAACCAACUGGUCCAAAAAAGAUUCUUUUCUUUUAUCAGGAAGUUGAAGAAACAAGCUGGAGGCGAGCACUUCACAAAAUCACAGGAGAAAAGAACCGAAAAGAACUGUUUAUGACAGAUGGAACUCAAAACCAUCUUACAGGACUAUGCAUAAUCUUCAUACGUACAGCACCAAGCAUUACUGAUGCAAAUAUAGGAAAGGAUGUGCUCUUCACAAGUUUAGAUGCUAACAACGGUCUGUUACCUGCAACCAAGGAACUCCUGUCGAACAUCUUUAUUCCAGCUCUGCACUCACUGGAUAAGGGCUGGGGACAUCUUGCCAAUCCAGAGUUACUCAGUCUCCGCACUAGUUUUCUAAACAACCUGGGCAAUUUUAUCGACGCUCUGACAGGUGCUGAAGCAAGUUUGAAAGAGAAAGAAUGCUUGAAUCCUUGUAGUACUUUUGAUCUGUCAGUUGUGAAUACGCCUUCAGAUUUUUUCAAAGUGGCAGGGAAUUUAGAAGCUAUGGCCAAAAUAGAAGCCUGCAUGCGAGGAUGGCUACAUGAGAUCCAAGUGAUUUUAGUAAAGAGUGAGCAGAUUCGAAGAGAAGCAGAUAAUGUUGGACCUCGUGCAGAGUUGGAACACUGGAAAAAGCGUUUGUGUAAGUUUAGUUCUCUUCUGGAUCAAAUCAGAGGCAGUGAAAUGAAAGCAGUGUUGGGCAUUCUGAAAGCUGCAAAGUCCAGCUUAUUAAAGGAGUGGCAAGAAGUAGAUCAACAAAUUACAGAGACAUCAAAUGAAGCAAAAGACAAUGUAAAAUUUCUGUCUACAAUGGACAAGUUCUGUAGCCCAUUGUACACAGGGGACCCAGAGAACAUGAUGGCGUGCAUUCCAGGACUGAUCAAUGCUAUACGGAUGAUCUACUCCAUCUCACGGUAUUACAAUACAUCUGAGAGGAUGACUGCACUCUUUGUGAAGGUCACCAAUCAGAUGAUAGCUUCCUGCAAGAUAUACAUUACAAACAACCAUUCAGAAACCAUCUGGACAAUGGAACCCCCAGUGGUCAAACAGAGACUUGAAACUUGUAUUCAGCUGUAUGAGGGCUAUAAAUCCAAUUACAUUAUUGUGAAGAAAAACCUAGAAGCCCAUCCACAGGAACGACAGUUUGACUUUUCAGAGGUGUACAUCUUCGGAAAAUUUGACAUAUUUGUUGGUCGUUUGAAACUGAUUAUUGAAAUGUUUCAAACCAUGGACAUUUAUUCUCAUCUUUCUGAGUCAAAAAUUGAAGGCAUUGAUAUUUUUGCCAACAAGUUCACUGCUGUUGUCACAUUCAUAAAGAGGAAACAGUAUGAUUUCCUUGACUUCAGGAGACCUGAGUUUGAAAAGGAUUAUAAAGAUUUCAAAGCCCAAAUUAAUACUUUACAGACUACUCUUAAUAUAUUUAUGAUCACUAGCUUUCAAGCUGUUCGUGGGACCAAACGUGCAAUGAAACUCCUACAGCGGUUUGAAAAUUUGAGACUUCCAGAUUUGCCCAUUCAACAAAGAUAUCAACAUGUCCUAAAACUUUACAAUAGAGACAUUGACUUGGUUGCCAAAAUGUACAAAACCUUCCGCUUGGACCCUUACAUUGCCUAUGAUCAGCCGCCAAUGGCUGGACGGAUUGCAUGGGCAAGGCAACUGUAUCACAGAAUCACUUAUCCUAUUGAAUUCCUUCAGGCUAACUCAAAAGUGAUGCUCUCUCGAGAAGGAAGAAUGACUGCCAAGAACUACAACAGGCUAUCCAGAACCCUCAUUGAGUAUGAGAUUGUCUACCACAAUGCUUGGCUGAGACAGGUGGAGUACUGCCGAUGCGGACUGGAGGCCACUCUGCUGGUGAAACAUUCUGAGACAAAGGAACUGUUUAUCAACCUUGAUCAGCAGAUCAUCACCAUGCUAAGGGAGACAGAGUGCAUGGCUCGAAUGGGUCUGGAUCUUCCUCUUAUCGCUCGAACUAUGCGUUUACGAAAGGGUGAAUACAAAUCAGUCUUCAGUAAGCUGAAGAUGAUGCUGGAUGAAAACAGUCGAAUACGGAGUAAAAUUCCUGGACAAUUUCUACCAGUUUUAAUUUACUUGAUUGGGAAGGUUGAUAAAGAACUUGAUCAUGGAGUGAUAACACUGUGCUGGAGCUCCACUCAGGUUGAUAGUUUCAUUGGAAAAGUCUACAAAGCCCUGGCAGAUCUAGAAAUCAUGAUCAAUUGUAUCAAUGAUGUUACGGAGUUUAGGAUUGAUGCUAUUUUGAGAGAGAUUUUUGACACUGAGCUGUGUAAACUCCCUUCUGAUGAACCGCUGGAUCCACAAGCUUUUCUGCAGGAAACUGAGGUUGUUUGUGCCAAAGCAGCCAUAACCCUUAACACCAAAAGUAAGACGGUUCAUGACGCUAUCAUUGAACUGAUCAAAAUGUUAUGUGUUCUGCCUAAAUCUACUGAUGGUGAUCUUGAUGAGGAGGAGGAUGUGGAACUAGAUCUCCAGGAAGAAGAGAGUGGUGAACUAGAACUUGAGAUGCAAAAACUGACUCAGGAUGAAGCUCAAGAAGAAGAAGAGGAUGACAAAGUUGAAAUAGAGGAUACUAUGCCAAAACAACGGAAAUCUAAGCCAAUGUCAUUGAGCAUGCAGAAAAAGAAGUCCAGAGUAGAGGAUAAAGCUAUGUUAUUAAAGAAACAGAUGGGGAUUCUACAACAGAUUGAAAUGUCAGCCAGUGACCUUUUAGUACAUUACGGCCAUCUAAAUGAAGAUGCUUUGCUAAAGUGUAUAAAAAAUAAUCUGGAAAAUGUUCGCAAAAGGAUUAUUGCUACAGCAUCCUACGAUCGAAGCAAACAAAGCCAGCGACCAUUUUUCCUGAUAGAUAUCAUCCUUGCUAUCCCAGACGUAACCAUAACACCUUCGAUGGAGGAUAUUCAACAAAUUUUAAACAAGGCUGUGCAACAGAUGGUCUCUGUAAGUACUGGUGUCUUGCAGUGGGAAGUUGCCCAUGAUAACAAUCAAAUUCCUGAUGAAUUACAUGAAACAAACCUUCCUGAACAUGGGGAGGUUAAUGAAGAAGGAGGGGAAGGGACACAUGAAGAGGAAAUUAAAGAGGAAACCAAAGAGCAGGAAAAAAAAAGAACUGGAGAAAAGGCAGAGGAUCGCACAUGUUAUAAGAUUGUCAUGGAAAACAAAGAAAUUGUGAAGCUGAUUUCUGUUCUCUCCACCAUAGUUACCAGCAGUCAAAAAAGUGUAUACCAAAAAAUUAAGAGUUUUGGAACAUAUUCUAAUAUAUGGGAUCCAGAUCGAGCCAAGAAGGUUGAGCAGUUUUCAAAAGAGGAGCAUCUGGUCCUCGACUAUGAAGCAGAAAUCAAGUAUUAUGAAGCCAUGGAAGUGACGAUCCAAGAUCUGCCUUCUUAUUAUGAUAUUGGUGCUAUUUGUCUAUCAACAGAAAAACUGAAAAUAGGUUUGCUGGCUGAAACCAAGGCAUGGCGUGUGGCAUAUGGAAGAGCUGCAGAACAGAAAUUUGGAACGACCAUGAAUGAGAUUUAUGAUAUAUUGGAAGACUUACGUAAGCGCCUUAGUCAUCCCAUUAAGGAUCUGGAUGACAUUCGCUUAGCUAUUGCUGCCCUCAAAGAACUUCGUGAGAAUGAGUUAUUUAUGGACAUGAGCAUUGAUCCAAUUGAGGAAACAUUUGCCAUGCUGCAAAAACAUGAGUUGCCAGUGACAGACGAAUUGCUAGAGCGCUGUGACACUCUGCGGUACAUAUGGGAGAAGGUGCAGAAUCAGGCAUGCAAGGUCCAGGAUGAGCUUGUUGUGAUUCAGGGGCCUUACAAAGAAAAACUUCUGAAUACAUUAGGCGAAUUUCAAGAAGACUGUGAUGACUUCUACUCGACCUAUGAUCAGAGUGGGCCAAUGGUUCCAGGAGUGGCACCACGAGAGGCCUCUGAAAGACUUCUUAUCUGCCAAAACACAUUUGAGGCCCUGUACCGCAGAUUUACAACCUAUACUGCAGGAGAAGAACUCUUUGGUCUGCAUGUGACUGAAUACCCACGUCUACAAUCAAUUAAAAAAGAACUGACUCUCCUGCAAAAGCUGUACGGUCUUUACAAUAGUGUCAACAAUGCAGUUGAAGGCUAUUACGACAUCUUUUGGCAGGAUGUUGACAUUGAGGCAAUUAUGGCAGAACUACAGGAAUUCCAAAAUAAGUUUCGGAAGCUGCCAAAAGCUCUGAAAGACUGGCCAGCUGCAGAAGAGCUGAAAAAAAAAAUCGAUGAUUUUAAUGAGAUGGUGCCUCUGCUGGAGCUAAUGGCUAAUAAGGCUAUGAAGCCACGCCACUGGCAGAGGAUAGCAGAACUCACAAUGACUGAAAUUCCAAUUGAGAGGGAGGACUUUACUUUGCGUAAUAUUCUGGAAGCUCCUCUUCUGAAGUUUAAGGAAGAUAUUGAGGAUACAUGCAUUAGUGCAGUAAAAGAGAAAGACAUUGAAGCCAAAUUGAAGCAGGUGAUAUCUGAUUGGAUCGGUCAAGAAUUCCAGUUCUCAGUGUUUAAAAAUCGUGGAGAAUUGCUUCUGAAAUUUGAUAAGAUACAAGAGCUCAUCUCACUUAUGGAAGAUUCUCUGAUGGUGCUUGGUUCACUUAUGACAAACAGAUACAAUGCUCCAUUCAAGAAACAGAUACAGCAAUGGGUGGCAAAUCUCUCUAAUUCUAAUGAGAUUAUUGAAAACUGGAUUCAAGUACAAAAUCUGUGGAUUUACUUAGAAGCUGUUUUUGUUGGUGGUGAUAUUGCCAAGCAGUUACCACAGGAAGCAAAGAGGUUCUCACUCAUUGACAAGUCUUGGAUGAAGAUCAUGCAGAAAGCCCAUGAGACAACCAAUGUGAUUAUUUGCUGUACUGGUGAUGACACUUUAAUGCAGCUACUUCCCCAUCUAAUGGAACAGUUGGAGCUAUGUCAAAAGUCCCUUUCUGGAUACCUAGAAAAAAAGCGCCUGAAAUUUCCCCGGUUCUUCUUUGUGUCUGAUCCUGCUUUAUUGGAAAUCCUGGGUCAGGCCAGUGACCCCCACACUAUUCAGGCCCAUUUGCUCAGCGUCUUUGACAACACCAAGAGUGUUAUCUUUCAUGAAAAACAGUAUGAUCUGAUCCUUACUAUUGUGUCAUCAGAAGGUGAAAUGAUAGAGCUGAACAAGCCAGUCCGAGCAGAUGGCAAUGUGGAAAUAUGGCUGACAAAUCUAAUGUUGAUGAGCCAAAGUUCUCUCCACAGUAUUAUCCGUACAGCAUAUGUAGCUGUAUCAGAUGAAAGCUUUCAACUCUUGGAGUUUCUUGAUACCUACCCAGCUCAGGUUGGAAUCUUGGGAAUCCAGUUUAUAUGGACUAGAGAUUCAACCGAAGCCUUGAAGAAUGCCAAAGUAGAUCGCAAAUGCAUGAUUUCCACCAACCAAAUGUUUUUGGAUCUGCUCAAUAAAUUGAUUGCUCAAACUACUAGAGACCUAAAAAAAAUAGAAAGAGUGAAGUUUGAGACACUCAUCACCAUCCAUGUUCAUCAGCGAGAUAUUUUUGAUGAACUGGUUAAAAAGAAUAUAAAGUCUCCAACAGAUUUUGAGUGGUUGAAGCAGUCCAGAUUCUACUUUAUAGAAGAAACAGACAAAUGUAUUGUUAGCAUCACUGAUACAAACAAUAUCUAUCAGAAUGAGUUUCUGGGCUGUACUGACAGACUGGUUAUUACUCCUCUUACUGACAGAUGUUAUAUCACACUGGCACAAGCACUAGCCAUGUCAAUGGGUGGUGCUCCAGCUGGUCCAGCAGGAACUGGAAAAACAGAAACUACCAAGGACAUGGGCCGCUGUUUGGGCAAAUAUGUUGUUGUCUUCAACUGCUCUGAUCAGAUGGAUUUCAGAGGACUUGGGCGCAUAUUUAAAGGUCUGGCCCAGUCAGGUUCCUGGGGCUGUUUUGACGAGUUCAAUCGUAUUGAGCUUCCAGUGCUAUCAGUGGCUGCACAGCAGAUUGCCAUUGUACUGGCCUGCAAAAAGGAACGCAAGUCUGAAUUUAUCUUCACUGAUGGUGAUGUUGUCUCAAUGAAUCCUGAAUUUGGAUUAUUUCUUACUAUGAACCCAGGGUAUGCUGGCAGACAAGAACUACCCGAGAACCUAAAGAUCAACUUCCGUACAGUGGCUAUGAUGGUGCCUGACCGCCAGAUCAUCAUACGAGUCAAGCUGGCUUCUGUAGGUUUCAUUGACAACAUUAUCCUCGCACGCAAGUUCUUCACUUUAUACAAGCUUUGUGAAGAGCAGCUGACAAAGCAAGUACACUAUGAUUUUGGUCUCCGAAAUAUUCUUUCCGUCUUGAGGACGCUUGGUGCUGUAAAGCGUCUGUGCCCUAAUGAUACAGAAAUGACUAUUGUGAUGAGAGGGCUGCGUGAUAUGAAUCUGUCAAAGCUGGUUGAUCAGGAUGAGCCUCUGUUUCUAUCCCUGAUUGAUGACCUGUUUCCUGGCAUCACACUGGAUAAGGCUGGCUAUCCAUUAUUAGAGACUUCCUUACAAAAAAAUGUUGAAGAGGCUCAACUUGUAUAUCAUCCAGCAUGGGUAUUAAAAGUUGUGCAGCUGUUUGAGACUCAAAGAGUUCGCCAUGGACUGAUGACUCUUGGCCCUUCAGGAGCUGGCAAGACAUGCUGUAUUCGAAUGCUGAUGAAGGCCUUGACGGACACCCAAGAACCUCACAAAGAAUGGCGCAUGAACCCGAAGGCCAUCACUGCCCCUCAGAUGUUUGGUCGUCUAGAUGUUGCCACCAAUGACUGGACUGAUGGCAUCUUCUCUACUCUAUGGCGCCGUACAACCAGGCUUAAGAAAGGUGAAAACGUGUGGCUUGUCUUGGAUGGUCCAGUGGAUGCGGUCUGGAUUGAAAAUCUCAACUCUGUUCUUGAUGACAACAAGACCUUAACACUUGCCAAUGGAGAUCGCAUCCCAAUGGCUCCAAACAGCAAGAUCCUGUUUGAGCCCCACAACAUUGACAAUGCUUCUCCAGCAACAGUGUCCCGAGUGGGCAUGGUGUACAUGAGUAGUUCUGGGCUGGAUUGGUCUCCAAUUCUACAGGGCUGGCUCUUAUCUCGGCCAUAUCAGGAACGGGACGUAUUUAUGACACUCUUCAGCCAAGCAUUUCCCCAAAUGCUUCUGUAUGCACGACAAAACCUUACUUUCAAAAUGGACAUGCUGGAAGCUUUCAUCAUUUCCCAGGCAGUCACAUUGCUGACAGGGCUGAUUCCUGAAAAGGAUGACAAGGACAAAGAACACACACAGCCAGGAAAAGCUUUUUAUGAGCACCUCUUUAUCUUCACACUGAUGUGGAGCAUCGGGGCUUUUCUAGAGCUAGACGACCGUGCCAAAAUGGAAGAGUUUUUGCGUCGUCAUACCCCUAAACUUGACUUACCUUUGAUCCCAUCUGAUUCAGAGGCCUCUAUUUUUGACUACUAUGUGGACAAAACAGGAGCCUGGAAACAUUGGAAUGAGCUGGUUGUGGAGUACAUAUAUCCUAAGGACUCUGUACCUGAGUACACAUCCAUUCUCAUACCAAAUGUAGACAACGUGAGAACUGACUUCUUGAUCAAAACAGUUGCCAAACAGAACAAAGCUGUGCUGCUAAUAGGAGAGCAGGGAACUGCCAAGACAGUCAUGAUCAGCAAAUAUAUGCAAAGUUUCAGUCCUGAAGUUUACAUUUCACAAAGCAUCAAUUUUUCUUCAGCAACCACACCAUUGCUAAUCCAGAGAACAAUAGAAAGCUAUGUUGACAAACGAGUAGGAACAACAUUUGGCCCUCCAGCAGGCAAGACAAUGACUGUGUUCAUUGAUGAUAUCAACAUGCCAAUCAUCAAUGAGUGGGGAGACCAAGUGGCCAACGAGAUUGUACGCCAACUGAUGGAAAAUGGAGGCUUCUAUAGUCUGGAGAAACCAGGAGAAUUUACACAUAUUGUAGAUGUUCAGUUUCUGGCUGCCAUGAUUCAACCUGGUGGUGGUCGUAAUGAUAUUCCACAGCGGCUGAAGCGGCAGUUUGUUAUUUUCAAUUGUACACUGCCCUCUAAAACCUCGAUUGACAAGAUUUUUUCCAUCGUAGGAUCAGGUUAUUUUUGUGCAGAGCGUGGCUUUACAUCUAAUGUGUCUUCCUUGAUUGCUGAAUUAGUGCCUCUUACUCGUAAACUGUGGCAAGUGACAAAGAUAAAAAUGCUGCCAACCCCAGCCAAGUUUCACUAUGUCUUCAACCUGCGUGAUUUGUCACGUAUCUGGCAAGGCAUGCUGAUCACUAUUUCAUCUGUGAUCAUCAAUGAAGAAGUCUUGUUGCAUCUUUGGAAGCAUGAGUGCUUCCGGGUCAUUGCAGACAGGUUUGUGAGCUAUGACGAUAUCUCUUGGUUCAGCAAAACCAUGGUUCGUGUGGUAUCUGAAGAAAUAGGAGAUACGUAUGGAAAAAUGUUGGAGUCUUCUCAUUAUUUUGUGGAUUUCCUGAGGGAAGCCCCAGAAGCAACUGGAGAAGAAGAAGGAGAGCAGGAUUUGGAAACUCCUAAAAUUUAUGAGAAUAUUCCCAGCUUUGAUGCUCUUGAGAAGCGUCUAAUAUUUUAUCAAGAUCAGUACAAUGAAGCUAUUCGAGGGGCAGGCAUGGACAUGGUGUUCUUUAAAGAUGCCAUGCUCCACUUAGUGAAAAUUUCACGCAUCGUUAGAACACCUCGUGGUCAUGCUCUUCUCGUUGGUGUUGGAGGAUCUGGCAAACAGUCUCUUACUCGCCUAGCUUCAUUUAUUGCUGGAUAUAAGACAUUCCAGAUCACUCUUACAAGGACCUACAGUAUAAACAAUCUGCUGGAUGAUUUGAAGUUCCUGUAUCGCACUGCUGGUGCUGAUGGGAAAGGCAUCACCUUUAUCUUCACUGACAAUGAAGUGAAGGAUGAGGCUUUUCUUGAGUAUCUGAAUAAUAUGCUUUCUUCUGGUGUUGUUGCAAACCUCUUUGCUCGAGAUGAGAUGGAUGAAAUUUUGGGCAAUCUGGUGUCUCCUAUGAAGAAAGAGCUUCCAAGAGUACCACUUUCAGCAGAGAAUAUCAAAGAGUAUUAUCUGUCACGCACCCGCAAAAACCUGCAUGUUGUGCUAUGCUUCUCUCCGGUUGGUGAAAAAUUCCGACAGAGAGCCCUGAAGUUCCCAGGACUCAUCUCUGGCUGUACCAUGGAUUGGUUCCAGCGCUGGCCAAGAGAUGCUUUGAUAGCAGUGGCUGAUCACUUCCUAUCUGAAUUUGACAUUUUGGCAACUCCCAAGGUCAAGCAAGAGCUCAUCAUUGGCAUGGGUUGUGUCCAUGAUUAUGUUGCAGAAGGAUGCAUUGAAUAUUUUCAAAGAUACCGGAGAUCGACACAUGUGACUCCAAAAUCUUACUUGUCUUUCUUAGAUGGGUACAAAUCUGUUUACUCCAUGAAGAAAAACAUGAUUGGGACUUCAGCACAAGCCAUGAACACAGGUUUAGAGAAGCUUACUGAAGCAUCGAAAGCUGUCUCAGAACUAAGUGAAGAGCUUGUUGUAAAAGAAAAGGAAUUAGCAGUUGCCUCAGAAAAAGCUGAAAAAGUGCUUAAGAUGGUUGCUACUAAAGCAGAAGCUGCGGAAAAAGUGAAGGCCCAAGUGCUGAAGGUAAAAAACAAGGCCCAGGCUAUAGUGGAUGCCAUUAAUGCGGACAAAGUUGUGGCUGAGGCAAAGCUGGAGGCAGCUCGCCCAGCCCUGGAAGAGGCUGAGGCAGCACUGAACACCAUCAAGCCUGCAGACAUUGCCACUGUCAGGAAGCUGGGAAAGCCCCCACACCUCAUCAUGCGUAUCAUGGACUGUGUGCUUAUUCUCUUUCGCCAAAGGAUGGACCCAGUUAAAAUAGAUCCAGAUAAGCCAGAGUUCUUGAAGCCUGCAUGGCCUCUUUCUUUAAAGCUGAUGGCACAGGGUGGUUUCUUGAGCUCUCUGAUGGAUUUUCCCAAGGACACCAUCAAUGAUGAGAUGGUAGAGCUGCUUGAGCCAUACUUUUCCUCAGAGGAUUAUCUCCUGGAGCAGGCCAAGAAGGUCUGCGGUAAUGUGGCUGGUCUACUUUCUUGGACAAAGGCUAUGGCUGGCUUUUUUUCUAUCAACAAAGAGGUGUUGCCUUUGAAGGCUAACCUGGCAGUUCAGGAGGGUCGACUGGGUGUUGCUUUGUCAGAUCUGAAUAAAGCUCAAUCUCAGCUUGAUGAAAAGGAAGCAGAACUUGCAGUUGUUCAGGGAGAGUUUGACAACGCCAUGAGUGAAAAACAGACACUAUUGGAUGAUGCCGAAGCAUGUCGCAAUAAAAUGAGUGCUGCUUCUUCCCUCAUUAAUGGGCUGUCUGGAGAAAAAGUUAGGUGGACAGCACAGAGCAAAGAAUUCAAAGCUCAGAUUGGAAGGCUUGUUGGAGAUGUUCUGCUGUGCACUGGCUUCUUGUCUUAUCUUGGUCCUUUUAACCAAGAUUUUCGCACCCAUCUGAACAAGAAAUGGAUGAAGGAAAUGAGAGAACGAGACAUCCCUUUUACAGAAUCACUUAAUGUUGUUGAUAUGUUGGUGGACCCAACAACUGUGGCUGAAUGGAACUUGGAGGGUCUACCUAAUGAUGAUUUGUCCACUCAGAAUGGUAUCAUCGUCACACAAGCUUCACGCUACCCUCUGCUUAUUGAUCCUCAGGGUCAGGGCAAAAUAUGGAUCAAAAAUCGAGAGGCCAAACGAAAACUUAAGAUCACAACUUUGAACCACAAGUACUUCCGCACCCAUCUGGAAGAUUCCUUAUCACUAGGGUAUCCAUUGCUAAUUGAGGACAUAGGAGAGGAACUAGAUCCUGCUUUGGACAAUGUUCUGGACAAGAAUUUUAUCAAAAUGGGAUCCACAUAUAAGGUUAAGAUAGGAGAUAAAGAAGUGGAUAUCAUGACUGGGUUUACUUUGUAUAUCACUACCAAAUUGCCUAACCCUCUCUACACUCCAGAGAUUGCUGCCAGGAGUUCCAUCAUUGACUUUACUGUCACCAUCAGAGGUUUAGAAGAUCAGCUUUUGGGAAGAGUGAUUUUGACAGAAAAAGCGGAGCUAGAAGCAGAACGAGUACAGCUUAUGGAGGAGGUAACAAACAAUAAGAAGAAAAUGAAAGAGUUGGAGGACAGUCUACUACAUAGGCUGACGUCAACUCAGGGGUCACUAGUUGAUGAUCAAGACCUGAUUAAUGUCCUUAAUAUCACCAAAACGACAGCUCAAGAUGUGAGCAAGCAGCUAGAAAAUGCAGCUGAAACAGCUAUCAAAAUCAGUGUCACACGAGAAGAGUAUCGUCCUGUGGCCACAAGAGGAAGUAUUUUAUACUUUCUGAUCGUAGAGAUGAGUCUCGUCAACUACAUGUACCAGACUUCUCUGCGCCAGUUUCUGGAAAUUUUUGACAAGUCUAUGGAUCGAUCCCAGAAGUCACCGAUCACCCAAAAGCGAAUCCAGAAUAUUAUUGACUACAUGACUUUUGAGGUGUUCAAGUAUUCUGUACGUGGACUGUAUGAAGCAGACAAGCUGACCUUCACUCUGCUUUUAGCUCUGAAGAUUGACAUGCAGGCCCAGAAAGUACGACCAGAGGAGUUUAGCAUACUCAUUAAAGGUGGGGCAGCUCUUGAUCUAAAUUCAGUUACACCAAAACCAGCCAAAUGGAUUGUUGACAUAACCUGGCUCAAUCUUGUGGAACUCAGCAGUCUGCAUCAGUUUUCUGGCAUCCAAGAUCAGGUCGGAAACAAUGAAAAGAAUUGGAGGAUGUGGUUUGAUAAGGAUGCUCCAGAAGAAGAGGUCAUACCAGAUGGCUAUGACAGCACCCUAGAUGUGUUCCGACGUCUGCUUUUGGUUCGCAGCUGGUGCCCAGACCGUACGUUGCCCCAAGCUAAGAAGUACAUUGCUGACACACUGGGUACUGCAUAUUCUGAAGGAAUAAUCAUAAACAUGGAGAAAAUGUGGAAUGAAAGCAACCCUAAAACUCCUCUGGUCGGUCUGCUGUCCAUGGGCUCAGACCCCACCACCAGCAUUGAGAAUCUGGCUAAAAAGUGGAAUCUAGAAUGCCGAGCUGUUUCAAUGGGUCAGGGACAAGAAGUACAUGCUCGAAGAUUCAUGUCAGGUGGUAUGGCCCAGGGGGGAUGGCUUCUGCUGCAGAAUUGCCAUUUGUCUCUUGACUAUGUUUCUGAGGCCAUGGAAACCCUGUUAGAAACAGAAAAUAUUGACUCAUCUUUUCGACUGUGGGUGACAACAGAGGAGACCGGAAAAUUUCCUAUCAACUUUCUUCAGAUAUCUAUCAAGUUUACCAAUGAGCCACCUCAGGGUGUGAAGGCAGGCUUGAAGAGAACGUAUGCUGGCAUCACGCAAGACUUCCUGGAUUACAGCAACCUCCCACAGUGGCGACCCAUGCUGUAUGGUGUGGGGUUUAUGCACACUGUGGUGCAAGAGCGGCGAAAGUUUGGUCCUCUAGGUUGGAAUAUUCCCUAUGAAUUUAACACCUCUGACUACAAUGCCAGUGUGCAGUUUGUGCAAAACCACCUUGAUGACAUGGACAUUAAAAAGGGUGUUAACUGGGUCUGUGUACGCUAUAUGUUUGGCGAGAUCCAGUAUGGAGGCCGUGUCACAGAUGACUUUGACAAGCGUCUGCUGAACACGUUUUGCAGAGUUUGGUUUGGCGAGAAUAUGUUUGCCCCAACUUUCAAUUUCUACAAGGGCUAUGUCAUUCCAAACGUUAAAAGUUGCCAAGACUACCUUGACUACAUCAAUUCACUUCCUGCUUCAGAUACCCCCGAAGUUUUUGGACUGCACUCCAAUGCUGAUAUUACGUAUCAGAGCAAGACGGCACAGACUGUUCUGACCACCAUCCUGAACAUUCAGCCCAAGGACUCGGGAGGUGGUGGGGGUGAGACACGUGAGUCAGUGGUGUAUAACAUGUGCACAGACAUGCUUGAUAAGCUGCCACCAGCGUAUGUGGCUCAUGAAGUUGUGGCCUGCCUGCAGAGGAUGGGCAUCCUGCAGCCUAUGAACAUCUUCCUGCGGCAAGAGAUAGAUCGCAUGAACAGGGUGAUCAAAACUGUAAGUGCCACUCUCAAGGACCUGAAACUGGCUAUUGAUGGCACUAUCAUCAUGAGCGAGAACCUGAGGGAAGCCCUUGACAGUAUCUAUGAUGCUCGCAUCCCUGGUUUCUGGAGUAAGAUAUCCUGGGAAUCUAGCACUCUAGGAUUUUGGUUCACAGAGCUAAUAGACCGCAAUACUCAGUUCAGCCAUUGGUGUUUUCAAGGCCGUCCUGUUUCUUUCUGGAUGACAGGCUUCUUCAAUCCUCAAGGGUUCCUUACAGCGAUGAGACAGGAGGUGACUCGAGCACACAAAGGUUGGGCCCUGGACACCGUGAUCCUUCAGAAUGAUGUGACCAAGCAGAUGAAAGAUGACAUCCAUGUUCCACCACCAGAAGGCGUUUAUGUGUAUGGUCUCUAUCUAGAAGGUGCAGGCUGGGAUCGCCGUAGUAGCAAACUGGUUGAAGCUAAAAAUAAAGUUUUGUGUGAGAUAAUGCCUGUUAUCCACAUUUUUGCCAAGGAUACAGCAGUCUCAGAGCUGAAGCUGUACGUCUGUCCCAUCUACAAGAAACCUCGACGCACAGAUUUGACCUUUGUUGCCACUGUUACUCUGAAAACCGUGCAGCAUCCAGAUCACUGGAUUCUCCGAGGAGUAGCCCUCCUGUGUGAUAUUAAGUAAAACUAAGAAAAAUUAGUAGUUGCUCAUAGUAGCCCUAGUAAUAAGCUUUUACAUCUUUUUUUGCUAAAGCUUUGGAGAUUUGAUCUUUUUACCUCCAUCUUUAUGAUACGUUCUAUUUGUGAGGCUGGGUGGUCAAGAAUGAAGGUACAAUUUGAAGGUACCAUCUAUUAGUAAAAAAAAUUAAGAAAUUUUUCACUUUUUUGCUUUGGUAAUAUUAUACUCACUUGAGCAACUUUUAAAAUCUUUAUCAGUUACAUUUUAUAGAAUUAUACCCAGCAGAAGUGUUAUACUUGAGUGUAUUAAUCUAAAACAAUGAAUAAUACGUACCGAGCAUUGGAAUUUUACAUCAUGAUAAAUGAUUUGUCAUACCUUUUGUGAAAAUUUUUCAGUCAAAAUAUAGACUUUGAAAUACUU